AUGCUCGCCAAUCUCAUCCAAGAUUCGUCCUCCCGGAUCAUUUCACUAUUCCAGACUCCCAUCACAAAUAAGCAUACCAUUUCCAUUCGUUCCGCCAAUCCCAUCCAUUCCAUCCAUUCCACCCAUUCCACCCAUCCCACUUGCUCGUUGUCAUCGUCUGCUCAGCAAACUCUCUCCCAGCCGCCCCUGGCCAGUUGUGCCACCCAAAACUUUGCUCGCCCAUGA